AUGGCUUACCACCACCACCAUCUGAACUACCUGCAUUCUUCCUAUGAUUUCUCUACGAAAACAAACUCAUCCACCCUCAAAUUCAAAGCCUUUCUCCGAUCCUACCUCGUUCCACACAUCCGGCAUGUCCUCCAAGCCCUCACCAACGCCAAGUCCAUGGUGGUGGAGCUCGUCAACAGGAGGAGCACCCGCACCGGCAUCUACAGGAUCAAGCGGAGGAGGAGAAGCAAGAAGGAACUCUUCAGCUCCAUCAAGCCAUACCUCCACCGGCCCUCGUCGCACAUCACUCCCAUCCCAGAUCCGCCGGAGACAGAGGAGUUCGACGUCAGUCAGUGUCUGUACUACGACUCUACCUGGAAUUCGAUGAUCUCCACGGAUGACAUGGGCUGCGACAUGGACCCGCCGGCUUCUGAGCACCUCCACUGGCUUGACGAGAAGACUGCCGAAGCCUCCACAGGAGAUGAUGACGAUGGCUGUGGCGGAAAUGAGAUCGACCGACUGGCAGAGAAGUUCAUAGCAAGCUGCUAUGAGAAGUUUAGGCUGGAGAAGCAGGAGUCUUAUAGGAGGUACCAAGAAAUGCUUGCAAGAAGCAUGUGAGGGGGGACACAGAUACUGGUUGAUGUUGGCGAAGCAGCUCAUUCUUCUUCCUUGGCUUAACUCAGAUCCUAUUUUAGUUGGUAGAUUGGGAUCGCAAAGAGUUGAGCAAGUGAUCUCAAUUGGGAGGUCUUUGCAUUGGUCAUUGUUGGUUCUUAGGCUUCCUUGUCGAGCUUGUUAGGCAUUACUCUCUUCUUCUUCUGUUCUUCUCUAUCAGUGGUUGUUUAUGUGGUGAAUAAACUUCAUUGGAUAUCCAGUUUUACUUCA